CCAAAUUUGUUGGACCUCGCACCUCAUCAUAUCCGGAAGCCAUCGCCUGAAUUUUUUUUUAGACGGGCGAGUUGACAUCUUCACCAAAUAAAAACUGUACACAUGGCAUAAUGGAAGAAGUUGGUGGGAAGAGAAGCUUUUCUUUUCAAAUGCAAAUAGGUCUGACAAGGGAUCAGAUCAACAUUGACGGUGAAUUAACGUUAGCGAGUUUACAAGAGAUAGCUUGUUCGUUUGUAGACAGAAAGUUUCCAGAGCAUGGUUUCUACAGUCUAGUGGACAAAAUUUUAUUAUUUAGACAUGACAACACAAGUUCCAAUAUUCUACAAAUCAUCACCAGUCCAGCUGAUGUCAAGGAGGGGUGCCUUGUGGAAGUGGUUCUAUCAGCCCAGAUCACAAUGGAGGAUCUCCAGAUAAAACGACACAAUCUGUCCAUCCAUUCCUACAAGUCGCCCCAUUUCUGUGAUUUCUGUGGGGAGAUGCUAUGGGGCUUGGUCAAACAAGGACUUAAGUGUGAAGGUUGUGGAUUGAAUUUUCACAAGCGCUGUGCCUUCAAGAUUCCAAAUAACUGCUCAUAUGACAGACAACGUCGCCCAUCAACAAGUAGUAUAACAUACCCCAUGCAAGAUCUGAGCAUACGAGAUAAAAACGAUUAUGUAGCUCUCCCAGAGAGCCCAAGCCAAGUCACCUUGAUCUCAAAGACAUCUCUAGCUGUUCCUGGAACCUCCCUUUCUCUUGCGGGAGAACCACGCAGCAACCGGUCCAAGUCCUGGAGUGGACGACCAAUCUGGAUGGAACGAGAAGUUCAGUCUCGAAUCAAAGUACCACAUACAUUUAAUGUACGCAACUACACCCGCCCCACUAUGUGCCAGUAUUGUAAAAAGCUUCUACGUGGCUUGUUUAGACAAGGAAUGCAAUGUAAAGAUUGCAAGUUUAAUUGUCACAAGAAAUGUGCAGAACAUGUUCCAAAGGACUGCACUGGAGAACUUCCUAAGAUUGGAGUUUUACCGGAGCCUAGUUUUCCAUCAGACUCCUACCCCUCAGAGGCAGACACAACAUUUACAGAAAUGGCAGAUGAGACAGACGAUGCUUUUAAUGAUGAUCUUGAUGACGACGAUAUAGAACAGAAGCCUCCUCUCAGCCCAACCCAGAGCAGUAACAUUCCAUUGAUGAGAAUUGUGCAAUCUAUAAAGCACACUAAAAGAACUGGCUCAAAGAUCAUUAAAGAGGGGUGGCUAGUACACUUCACAAACCUAGACUCACAGAGAAAAAGACACUUCUGGAAGUUAGAUUCAAAGGCCAUCACUAUGUUCCAGCAUGAGAACUCAAACCGAUAUUACAAGGAAAUUUUAUUGAUGGAUAUCAUUUCCAUUGAGAUGGCUAAAGUGCGACCAAUUUCAGAGAUCAGUAAGGCACCACAUGUGUUUGAGAUACGCCUGCAGAAUAUCACCUACUUUGUGGGAGAGGAUCCAACAUUUGGUGGCAGGGAAGGAGACUUUGUCGUGUCCACAGAGAGUGGUACUGGACUAGAACAGGCGCGGUACUGGGAACAUGCCAUUAGACAGGCCCUGAUGCCGGUCACCCCCACCACCAGUGUCGUGUCAGAGGGUCAAACCACGGACAAUGGAAAUGUCUCAGAAGAGGACGUAGUUCAAAAGAUCCAUAAGUCCAGAAUUCCGGACAUUAGUCAGCUUUACCAGAUCUACCCCGAUGAUGUGCUAGGUUCAGGACAGUUUGGAAUUGUGUAUGGAGGAAAACAUCGAAAAACAAACAGAGAAGUAGCCAUAAAAGUUAUAGACAAAUUACGAUUCCCUACCAAACAGGAAGCCCAGCUCAAAAAUGAAGUGUCCAUUUUGCAGAAUCUACACCAUCCAGGUGUGGUCAAUCUGGAGAAGAUGUUUGAGACCCCCGAGAGAAUCUUUGUGGUGAUGGAGAAGCAGAAGGGAGACAUGUUAGAAAUGAUUCUGUCAAGUCCCAGAGGUCGGCUCAGUGAACGGGUCACAAAGUUCCUCAUCUCACAGAUAUUAAUGGCACUAAAGCAUUUACAUUCAAAACAUAUUGUCCAUUGUGAUUUAAAACCAGAGAACGUCUUAUUAUCAUCAGAGACAGCAUUCCCCCAGGUAAAGCUUUGUGAUUUUGGAUUUGCUCGAAUCAUUGGUGAGAAGUCUUUCAGGAGAUCUGUUGUGGGUACCCCAGCUUAUCUAGCCCCUGAGGUACUGAAGAGUAAAGGAUAUAACCGGUCUCUGGAUAUGUGGUCUGUAGGUGUUGUUAUAUAUGUUAGUUUAAGUGGUACAUUCCCAUUCAACGAAGACGAAGAGAUUAGUGACCAGAUUCAGAAUGCCUCAUUCAUGUACCCCGCCACACCGUGGAAGGAAAUCUCACAGGAGGCCAUCGAUUUGAUCAGUAACCUACUACAAGUCAAAAUGCGAAAAAGGUUCACAGUGGAUAAAUCUCUCUCACACGUGUGGCUCCAGGAUUACCAAACCUGGUGUGACCUCCGCCAGCUAGAGGAGAAUGUGGGUCAGCGAUUUCUGUCUCAUGAAUCAGACGAUGAAAGAUGGGAACAAUUCCGCAAAGAGAAAAAUCUGGCAAGAUGGCAGGACAUUGGCAUGAAAGGUGUGAACGAAACUUACAAACUGGGCAAGUCCCGCAGUGAACGCACAAUCAAUGCCAGUUCCUGAGUCGGUGUUGUAUCUAUCAGUAUUUGUCUUCUAAUCGGACCAAAUGUUGUCAGCUUCAAUUUACAAGAUAUUUUCUGUUUCUAUUGUUAUCAUUUACGUGGGGAAGAAAAAUCUUUUUUGAAAACGUACUUUUGUCUUUCAUCUCUUAUUCUUAGAUGUGCAAACUUUAUUGGAUUUUUCUUACUAGAUAUAUUUUGCUUUUGAUGGAAGUUUAUGUCUUUUUGAUUGUAAUAUGCUAAUUUUUUUAUAUUUGAAAAAUUCCCUGCAGUGCAAGGGCAAAAGAGUUCAUAUACAAGAAUAAUUAUUGUGGUUUUGCAUGUUGUCCUGUGUUUUAUAAACAUUAUAAGAUCAAGGGCUAAUUUAUAACCAACAAUCAAACUUGUUGUUUUUCUAUUGUCAUGCACUCACAUUGUUAUGGGCACUUUCUAUUGUUAUACAUUUUUAUUGUUGUUUCCGAUUCAUGGUGUCCAGUAUAUGGCCUUGUUUCUGGCGCCCACCUUAAAAUGGCAGGCUUCCAGGUAAAAAAUCAAAGAGGGCCAAAAGGGUCAGGAUCUGUUUUGUAUACUACAAGAUUAUGUGAUAUAUUUUUCAUUUAUUGUAAAUAGCCAUUUUUACAUCAGAAUGCUUUCAUUAUGUGGCUGCUAGCUACAGAGAACCACUGAUGUGUCUUAGUACUGCCCCACCGACAUCAGGUCACAGUGGCUAGCAUGCCGCAACCCUCUGCAUGAUGAUUUUACAUCACUGUUCUUCCAAUUUUGUCAUCGUUGCAAAUGCCAUAAUGUCCAGGCAACUUUCACACAUAUAUAGCUAGCAACUCAGCCCUCUUUAAAGACAGUAAAAAGAAAUGUGUAUUGUGAUUGGUUGAAAUUGUUUUAUUUUUCUUUUCAUCACAUCUUGUAAUUUGAUGGAGAUAUAUAUAUAUAU